UGGCAGCGGAGAAACGCUGUAUGUUUUGGAGUAACCUCAGCAAAAGCUUUUCAGAGGAAGGAUGUCUUGUAGUUCCAUCAAAAAGCAACUCAGAAGAAACAGUUUGCAGCUGCAAUCAUUUGACGCAUUUUGCCGUCUUAAUGGACUACGACGGUAGCACAAAGCUCACCGAGGAGGACGAAACAAUUCUGAAAAUUAUCACCUAUGUGGGACUGAGCCUUUCCAUCGUCGGGAUACUUGUAACAUUAAUACUUUAUUCUUGCCUAACAGAUGUUCGUCAACCUCUCUCUCAAAUUCGACUGAGUGUUUCUAUGUCCCUUGGAGCUGGACAGAUCAUCUUCCUAGCCGGAAUAAACGCCACUGAAAACAAAGCUGCCUGUAUUACAAUAGCAGCUCUGAUGCAGUAUUUCUUGAUGACUGCUUUCUGUUGGAUGCUGAUCGAGGGAAUUUAUCUCUACUUCUUCGUUGUAAAAGUUUACAACAUUAACACCAAGAUGUACAUGUAUCACGUCAUCUCAUGGGGUCUUCCAGUGAUCAUGGUGGCCAUGUCACUUGGCAUCGCUGCUGGAAAAGAAGGGUUACAAAGCUAUACGAGUGAUAACUAUUGCUGGCUUUCCUCGACUAACAACCUGAUCUGGAUAUUCGUCGCCUUUGUGGCUUUCAUUGAAGUUCUCAACAUCUUGAUACUCGCACGAGUCAUAAAGGAGAUGACCAACUUGUUGCAGCCAACAGGAGAAGACGACCAUUCCCAGCAGAUACGAAUUGGCAUUAAAGCAUGCGUGGUGAUGAUUCCCCUGCUGGGCGUCACGUGGCUAUUUGGUCUCCUCUCGCCUGUACAUAAAGCUUUCGUUUACAUCUUCACCAUACUUAACUCUUCUCAG